AUGAUAACCAAAAUAAAAACUCAGGGCCUCGUGUCCGAUUUGAUGCCGAACAUCAAACUGAUGCAAAUGUCUGGACAUUUCUUAUUCAAUUACUAUCCAGAAAAUGCUGGAAUGUCGACACUUCUUCGUAAAAUCUACGCGAGCGUCCAUGCAUUUCUGAUAAUUCUGCAAUAUUUGUGUAUGAUGGCGAACAUGGCGCAGUAUUCUGAUGAAGUUAACGAGCUGACUGCAAACACUAUAACUGUUCUAUUUUUUGCACAUUCAAUUAUUAAAUUAAUCUUCUUUGCUAUUAACUCUAAAAGUUUCUACAGGACAUUGGCAAUGUGGAAUCAGUCCAACAGUCAUCCUCUUUUCACCGAAUCUGACGCAAGAUAUCAUCAAUUAGCUCUGACUAAAAUGCGAAGGUUAUUAUACUUUAUCUGCGGCAUGACUGUGCUCAGCGUUGUCAGUUGGGUGACAAUAACUUUUUUGGGAGAAUCAGUUCGCUUGAUAACAAACAAAGAAACAAAUGAGACUCUAACGGAACCAGCACCGCGACUACCUGUCAAGACUUGGUACCCUUUCAAUGCAAUGGGCGGGACAAUGUAUGUGAUUGCUUUCAUAUUUCAGGUGUAUUGGCUACUCUUCUCUAUGGCGAUUGCCAACUUGCUGGACGUGAUGUUCUGCAGCUGGUUGAUAUUCGCCUGCGAGCAGUUGCAGCAUCUCAAAGCCAUCAUGAAACCGCUGAUGGAACUAAGCGCUUCUUUAGACACGUACCGACCUAACACUGCUGAACUGUUUCGUGUAUCAAAUACUGAAAAAUCCGAGAAGAUCCCAGAUACGGUGGAUCUAGACAUCAGAGGAAUAUAUUCCACUCAACAAGACUUUGGUAUGACGGCGCGAGGCGCGGGCGGUAGGUUGCAAACAUUCGGCCAACCAGCACCAAACAACCCUAAUGGUUUGACACAGAAACAAGAGCUACUCGCCAGAUCUGCUAUUAAAUAUUGGGUGGAACGACACAAGCAUGUCGUAAGACUGGUCGCUUCAAUCGGAGACACAUACGGCACUGCUCUGUUAUUCCACAUGUUGGUGUCGACUAUCACACUUACUUUGCUAGCGUAUCAGGCGACUAAGAUCGAUGGAUUAAAUGUCUACGCUUUUAGUACAAUCGGAUAUUUGAGUUACACCCUCGGGCAGGUUUUUCAUUUCUGUAUUUUCGGAAAUAGACUAAUUGAAGAGAGCUCAUCAGUUAUGGAAGCGGCCUAUUCCUGUCAAUGGUACGACGGUUCUGAAGAAGCGAAGACGUUUGUUCAGAUAGUCUGCCAGCAGUGUCAGAAGGCGAUGAGUAUUUCAGGAGCGAAGUUCUUCACAGUAUCAUUGGAUCUGUUUGCUUCGGUGCUGGGUGCAGUAGUCACAUACUUCAUGGUGUUGGUACAACUCAAGUGAAAUUAUAAAGUAGCA